GCCUCGCGGUCUCCGCUCCUCUCUGUCUUUCUCCUCAGGGUCCUUAGGUUCUGCAACCCGCUGCUUCCGUCGUCACGUUGUUACGUUUUCUCUGCGCCGGAAGGAGAACCUGCGAACGCUGUUGGAAUUAUGGCGGCGGUAGAUAUCCGAGAUAAUCUGCUGGGAAUCUCUUGGGUUGACAGUUCCUGGAUCCCUAUUUUGAACAGUGGAAGUGUCCUGGAUUACUUUUCAGAAAGAAGUAAUCCUUUUUAUGACAGGACAUGUAAUAAUGAAGUGGUCAAAAUGCAGAGGCUAACAUUAGAACACUUAAAUCAGAUGGUUGGAGUGGAAUACAUCCUUUUACAUGCUCAAGAGCCCAUUCUUUUUAUCAUUCGGAAACAACAACGACAGUCCCCUACCCAAGUUAUUCCACUGGCUGAUUACUAUAUUAUUGCUGGAGUGAUCUAUCAGGCACCAGACUUGGGAUCAGUUAUAAAUUCUAGAGUGCUUACUGCAGUACACGGCAUUCAGUCAGCUUUUGAUGAAGCUAUGUCAUACUGUCGAUAUCAUCCUUCCAAAGGGUAUUGGUGGCACUUCAAAGACCAUGAAGAGCAAGAUAAAGUCAAACCUAAAACCAAAAGGAAAGAAGAACCAAGCUCUAUUUUCCAGAGGCAGCGUGUGGAUGCUUUACUCCUAGACCUCAGACAAAAAUUUCCACCCAAAUAUGUGCAGCAGAAAUCUGGAGAAAAGCCUGUCCCAGUGGAUCAGACAAAGAAAGAGGCAGAACCUGUACCAGAAGCUGUAAAAUCUGAGGAGAAGGAGACCACAAAGAACAUCCCACAGACAGUGAGCACUAAAGGCCCGCCUGAAAAGCGAAUGAGACUUCAGUGAGUAUUGGUCAAGAGAGAAGCUUGCAAGACAUCCCUUGUCCAUUAUUAUACCUCAUUACUGUGAAAGGUUCUUGAACUUUAAAAUUUUUUGUCACAGCCCUCUCAUUUGUACAGGAUGUACUUGUUCUUUUAGAAAGGAUGUAAGGACCCUCAUGCUUUAGAUAGGAAUGUUUUCAUGUAUCUUUUGUAACCUUCCCCCUUGGACUUGAACAGCCUCCUUAUGCACAUAUGUAUUGCUAAAUACAUUUAAAACCAAAUAAAGAGGGGCCGGCUGAA